UUUGGUUAGAAAUUGACACAUUGUAUUAUAAGUGUAUUAAAAUGUACGAUAAAUGUAUUAUUCAUCAAUAAAUUUGUAUGAUAUGUGUUUUUUAGAUUGUUCUCUGUAAUGUCUUAAAAUUGUAUUAUAAAUGUAUAAAAGUGAUCAAGUGAAAAGAAAAUAUUAUUGUUAUAAAUGGUAAAUAUUUUCUAAAUAUAGAUAUUUAUGUAAGUUUUAGGUGUUGAUGGCGUGUUUGGCUGGUUUUUAAGAACAUAUAUAUAUGUAAAGUAAAAAGUAUCCAUAUUAUCUAAUAUGAAACUAAGAGAACAUUAAUGUAAUGAAUAUUAUGAUCAAGAACAAGCUAAUAAUAUUACUUAAAAAAGGUAGGGUAUUAGGUUUUUGCAUGGUAUUAUAUUGAAAAGUUUAUACGAUAAUUUUAAUUUUUAGUUUACAAAAAUAUUAUAUUAUUUCAAUAUCAAAUUUAUUUGGUAUGGUUUGAUAUUCUUAUGUUCGGUUUCAGCAUUUUGUUGUAUUGUAAUUGAUAAUUAUAACUUGUUUUACUUCCAUUUACAUAUAACUGCGUAAUAGAAAUUAUGACUCUUGACUUUUUUAAGAAACAUUGAAUUAUAUUAUGUUACAUUUUAAACAUGUAGAGAUAUUCAAAAGAAAGUAUAUGCAAUUUCCUUUGCUAAUUAAUUACAUAAAAUUUAAAAAAAAUAUCAAGAUAAAGUACUCAGAGAUUCAUCAUACAAUUAGUGUUGUACUUAUAUUAGUUUAUAUAAAUUAUAUGAGUGUUAGUAUUAUAUAUGUAAUUAUAUAUUUUAGCAUGAGAUUUUUAAUAUUAUAAAAAAGCAUACCAAAACAAUAGGAGUAUUAAAUAUUAUAAUGUUAAAAUUAUGGAAUCAAGAGGUUUCAUUGGGUAUGGUAUGGUGGAGUUACUAUAUAAUUUUAAGAUGAAGUGAGUGAAAGGUAAAAUAAAGUUAUUAAAUAAAAAGUAAAAGCAAAAUGAAAAAAGUAAGGCAACAAAAUAAUUACAUUAGAUUGAUUGUCACAUAAAAUUAUAUUCUUUUAUUGUUAUAUAAUAAUAAAUCUUGAAUAAUAAUGAACAUAAACAUUAUUCCCUCUGUUCAUUUUUACUUGACAGAUAUUACUAUUUGACUUGAUAUACCUAUUAAUAAAAUAAUUAUUGAUAUAUGUGUUCUAUCAUACUGUCCCUAUUAAUUGAAAAAAAGUAUUUAUUUCUAAAGGUAAAACAUGAAAAAAGUUAACUGUGUUUUCUUGAUAGGUUAAAAGUAGAAUAAAAAUAAGAGUUUGAUUUGGUUGAAGUACAUUUUUCCCCUUCAAAUCAACGUAUAGUUCAUGCAUCUUUUCAUUGUUUCGUCCCCCUAUUUUUCUUUUUCUUUGUUGAAAGAGGAAGUGGACGAAUUCAAAUCGAGUUCUUUCCAUUCCUAGAACAGUUGUUUAAUGGGUGAAUUUGGUCCUUUAGGUAAUGCAACUUGGUUCUCAAAAAAAUGUAGGCCAAGUUGACCUAUUUAUUGUAUGGAUUAGUUUUAUUUACUCGGUCUGAUCAAGACCAACUAGAAAUUGGUUGAUGACUGAUAUUAGAUGAGUGGGCAACAAUAUAUGCUCAUCAUUUAUUGUUAGUUCAAAUUCAAAUUGAUCUACGAUGCAAGCUAAGCAAAUGAUCAAACAUUGAACUUGUCGACCAAUACCCUAUCUGAAUGAAUUCUGAACCAUGGAAUUGGUUGGUACCUCCACUUCCGGCAGCAGGAAGAGGUUUCCAUUGGCUGCGCAGCAAGAGAUUAUGAGGGCCGCCAAGAAAGAUGACCAGUACAAGAGUCGUCGUAGCUUACCAGAAUGAGCCUGCUUGUCUUGCACUGAACGACCAUUUGAUUAUCCUUCACAAGAAGGUGGCAGAGCUGUUCUGGAUAUUAGUAUCAAAUUUUACAUGUUCUUUGGGAAUGGAUUAAUCACUGACACUGUUGAGGAAUGACAGGUUUAUGGACCCAAUCUUUACGUGGUGCAUAAUGAUUUGGAUCGUAGUCUCCCCUUGUAUGAUGUUGGUUUAUGGAGUCGAGCUAUGAAAAUUGCGAUUAUUGGUCGAAAUAAACUUGGAUUCAUUGAUGGAUCAUGCAGAAAAGAAUUAUAUGGUCCUAACUUGACAAAUCUGUGGGAAAGAUGCAAUGCGAUAGUGCUUUCGUGGAUUAUGAACUGUGUUUCGAAGGAGUUACUUGGAGGCAUUGUUUAUUCUACCAAUGCAGCAGCUGUGUGGAAGGAUUUGUGUGAAAGAUAUGACAAGAUUGAUGGAUCACGUAUUUUUCAACUACACAAAGAAAUUGCUACUGUUAGCCAAGGUACAAGUUCAAUCUCAACCUAUUUCUCUAAGCUACGUGAGUUGUGGGUAGAGUAUGAUAGUUUGGCACCUGUUCCUGGUUGUGAUUGUGUGAAUUCAAGAGAAUUUGUAGUGUUCAUGCAUAAUCAGAAAUUACUGCAAUUUCUCAUGGGAUUAAAUGACUCAUAUGAGCAAGCUAGAAGCCAAAUACUAAUGAUGGUACCUUUGCCUACUAUAAACAAGGCAUACUCACUGCUUAUUGAAAGAGAAAGCCAACGUAUCAUGACACAAACCUCUCACAGUUCAAAUUCAUCUGAUCUAAAUGCCUUGUUUACUGCUCAAUCAUCAGUUCCCAAACCAAGGUUUAAUACUAGUUCAAGCUAUGAUCCAAAUGCAUUUUGUGAUUACUGUAAAAGAACAGGACACAUGCAAGCUGUGUGUUAUAAACUUCAUGGAUAUCCACCUGGUUAUGAGAGAAAGAAGAGAGGUUCUACUGGCCCUACUUACAAUAAUCAAGGGAGAGGAAGAUCAAGUAAUGAUAGGAGAUCAUAUCCAUCUGCUAACAAUGCAAUUAGUGAUACUGAUCAUUCUGAGUUUAAUAGAAUUGAGAAUCCAAGAAAUCAAGGUUAUGGUAGAGGUGAUAAACAAGCUGAUUCUGGUGACUAUCACAAAGGAUUGAAUGCAUUGCAGGAACAAUAUAAUCAAAUCCUGCAGAUACUUGGCCAAUCAAAUAAGCAGAACACCACUGAAAGAGACUCAAAGUCACAUUCCAGUGCAAAUCUAGCUCAAGAGAACUAUCCUGCAUCAGGUAAUGUCACUGCUCUUUCAGCUAGUAUAGGACAUACAGGAUGGAUUAUAGACUCUGGGGCAACAAAUCAUAUGACUCCUCACUCACAAUUAUUGAUUAAUAAACAUCCAUUGCCUAUUGAUGCACCUAGAAGUGUACAACUACCAAAUGGAGAUAGUACAUUGAUCACACAUACAGGUUCUAGUUGUAUGACCUCACAAGACAUUAUCAAUAAUGUUCUUCUUAUUCCUGACUUUAAGUUCAGUCUAUUGUCAGUCUCAAAAAUUACAAAGGAUCUACAGUGUGCAGUAUGUUUCUAUCCUGACUUUGUGACUAUUCAGGAUCUCUCCAGUGGGCAGGUGAAGGUGAUUGGUAGAGAACAGGCUGGACUUUAUCUCAUUCCUCAUCCUUCAUCUUCUGCAGCUAAUCCUCAAACAUACUCUCAUUUGGUUCAUGAUGGUUCAUCAAGUUCACAAACUGUUCUAUGGCACCAAAGACUUGGUCAUACUUCAUCUAAUGUUUUAGCUAAAACUCUCAAUCUUCCAGUUACACAGUGCUCAAAUGAGGUUCACAACUGUACAAUAUGUCCUCUAGCUAAACAACCAAGACUUCCUUUUCCAAAUAGCUCUACUAUAUCUUCUAGUCCAUUCCAGUUGAUACAUAUAGAUGUUUGGGGUCCAUUUCAUACUCCUACAUAUGAUGGUAAUAGAUUCUUUGUCACUAUAGUGGAUGAUUGUACUAGAAUGUUGUGGCUGUUUCUAAUAAAGUUGAAGAGUGAUGUUUGUGUUGUAUUGAAAAAUUUCUUUACUCUAGUCAAAACUCAAUUCAACUUAUUAGUUAAAAGCAUUCGUACUGAUAAUGGUUCUGAGUUUGUUAACACUGAGUGUACACAUUUGUAUACAAGCUUGGGUAUUGUUCAUCAAAGAACCUGCAUACACACUCCUCAACAGAAUGGUAUAGCUGAAAGAAAACACAGACACAUACUUGAGGUAGCAAGAGCCAUCAGAUUCCAAGGUCACAUUCCUAUCAGAUUUUGGGGACACUGCAUUCUCAAUGCUGCAUAUAUUAUAAACAGAUUGCCUACAUCUGUUUUGCAUGGUAAAUCUCCAUACGAAAUGUUUCAUAAGUGCACACCUUCCCUACAGCAUAUGAGGGUGAUAGGUUGUCUAUGUUUUGCUAAAAACAUGCACAUUAAGGACAAAUUUCAUCCUAGGAGUAUCAUUGCUGUACACAUGGGAUAUAGUGCUCAUACAAAGGGAUAUAUGUUGUACAACAUCAAGGACAAAACAUUCUUCAUUAGCAGAGAUGUCCUAUUUAGAGAAGCUAUAUUUCCAUUUGCUUCUCCUUCAUCUACUGCAUGGCAAGUGUUCCCUAAGGUUGAUGAAUCUUCAGAGGUUGCACCUUUGUUCCAGCCUAAUCCUACAACAGUUGUACAUACAGAGUUAGUUCCACCACAAGAUACUCCUUCUAUAAGAAGAUCACAAAGAAGUACCAAAGCUCCUAUAUGGCUACAGGAUUAUGUGGCAUCUGCUCAGCUUCAAUCCAAUAAACCUUUGUAUUCCAUUGAUAAGUACAUUGGCUAUGACAGCUUGUCUUCUUCUUAUCGAGCCUUCCUUACUUCAUUUGGUACUGAAGUUGAACCUACCUCUUUUGAGGAAGCCUGUAAGGAUCCAAGGUGGGUUGAAGCAAUGCAAGCUGAAAUAUCAGCUUUGGAGUCUAAUCAAACAUGGCAGGUGGAAUUCAAACUCUCACACAAUUUCAAAUACAUUCAAAGGAGGCAAUCUGGUGGAGAAUCUGGUAAUAUCUCAGGCUCAUCUGGUAGUUACAACAGUAGUGGUGCAGGCUCAUCUGGUAGUUACAACAGUAGUGGUGCAAGCUCAUCUGGUAGUUACAAGAAUAGAAGGCACUUGUUGCAAUGUGAUCACUGUGGAUGCAUGGGUCACUAUGAGGAACAAUGUUACAAAAUUGUUGGAUAUCUAAUUGAUUUUAAGUCAAAGAGGAAAGGCCAGACUUCUGGAGCUUAG